AUGAAAAAAAUCAUCACGGUAGUACACGAAUUUCAGGCUCUUUCGUAUGCGUGGGGCAAUGAUCCGCCUUGGUACGAAGUUCUCUUGGAUGAUCUUCCCAGAUCAGGCAAUGAGCCGAUUACUACAGGGGUGAAGCAAUUCCAGACGUACGCUAUCCGUAGGAACCUCUAUCAAGCUUUGAGACAUAUUCGUCUCACGGACGACUAUCUGUGGCUCUGGGUAGAUGCUCUUUGUAUCGACCAGACGAACAUCCAUGAGAAGAGUCAACAAAUCCCGAAAUUGCCUAGUAUCUACUUCAACGCUUGGAAUGUUAUUGCGUGGCUAGGAGACGGCGAGUCCUUGCCAGGGGGUGUUGAGAAGGCCGUGAGCUUAGUGCCGGACAUUCUCAACCUCAAGACGCUAGAUAUCGACUUGCGCGGGGAUACACUUGAUGAGGAUGUGCUUCGCUCUUGGGCAUCCUUCGGUAGCCUUCUGCAACAACCGUGGUUCGAGCGCCGGUGGGUGAUUCAAGAGGUAGCUUGUGCGAGGAAGCUAUCAGUUCGCGUUGCAGAUAAGAUCCUGAGCUGGCUGGAUUUUGCGGAUGCCGUAGAUUUGUAUUCGGCAAACAUCGAUCAGAUGCAAGCGCUCUACCACCAAUCGGCACUAUUCAGAACAGAGCCUGCUGCUUUGGAUCACAUUAAAAGCACUAAAGCAGUGGCACUAAUGCAGUUUUCGCGUAACGUAUUUCGAAAGCGAUCUGAUCCGCCAAGCGUUUCGAAGUUGAUGAACCUGAGAUCUCUGGUCCUGGCUGCUUCAUCGUUUGCAGUGUCAGAUGUUCGAGAUGUUGUUUAUGCCUUAUUGCAUCUCGCCAACGAUGGACGUCAAUCAGUCACCAUACCGCUCGGACGGUAUGACGUCUUCGUCUCUGACUAUUCAAAACAUCCUGUGCAAAUCUUUGAAGAGUUUAUUGAUUAUAGUAUCCUAACCUCAACGUCUUUGGAUAUCCUAUGCCAACCUUGGGCCAGUUGGCCAGGUCCUUUACGCACUACCGCGUACAAAGGCAGAACCCUACCCAGUUAUAUAGGGGUAGCAUCAUUCGAUGAGGGUGGACUUUGUCAGCGACAUAUUCCACCAGACGAUCUGCUCGGCCCCGUCACGGGUCAAACCUACAAUGCAUCUCGCGGUGUCGCUAUAAAAGCCAGAAGAUUACCACAGGCAAUCGAUAUCUUGGAAGUCAAGGGAAUAUUGCUAGGCACAAUCGAAACGUUUACUGCUUCAGCUGUGCACAGCGGGAUGCUCACGAAGAACUCGCUAAGUAUGCUUGGGUGGUGCGGUACUCUGGAAACGGGCAUCGAUGACAGACUUUGGAGGACACUCGUUGCCAAUCGCGAUCCAGAUUCAAGGAUCGCUCCUACCUGGUACCGGCGCGCAUGCGCCUUAGCACUCACCAAGAUCGAUGGCGACGGCCAUCUAGAUUCAGCCGCUUUGAUUGCUGAUAAAUCGCAACCAAGUACAUUGAUAAGCUAUCUCCGACGUGUGCUAGUGGCAACUGAAAACAAGAAGAUCUUUCGUUGCACAAAGAAUACCACCUCUGAUGACUCUACGGGGGCGAAGGAAGGGGCACAAGAACAGGCAAAAGAGCAGAUACACGAAGCCAUAGUUGGUCUAGGGCCAGAAGACAUGGGGUCUGUUGGUCAGCAAUGGGUUUGCAUUCUAUAUGGAUGCUCGGUGCCAGUUAUACUCAACGAGGUCGAUGGCCGUAAAUAUCAAGGCGACGGAACAUAUCACGUUAAGCUUACCGGACCCUGUUACGUACAUGGAUACAUGGAAGGGGAGAUAUUUGCUGGCAUGAGCGAAGAGGACAUUCGGAGCAGGUCAAUAACAUUCAGCAUCCAUUGA